AAUGGAGAGGGAGCGACUUGUCCUGACUGAAAAAUAACUUUAUGCUUGUUCAGUGGGAAAAAAACACACAAGUUAAGGAGAAGAUGUUUCAUGAAUUUUUCUAAAUUGAAAACCAUUACAACCUCCACCACACAUUGAUUUAUACUCCAGACUCGUAAAUCUAUAUGUUGAAGUACAUGAAAGAAAACUGAUAAGAAUAUAGGUCACUGGUUAUGACAUUCAACAACCAAGAAGUAAAUGAAAACUAGAUCGAUGGUGGCAAGUUAUAUCUAUGAUUUCAUAAAAGAAGAAAACAACAGAAGUCUAUUUUAUUUACAACAAACAUGCGUCAUACUAUAGUUUUGUGGAUGUACCUCUUAAUUUUGACACCAAGUAUAUCAGGUGAAGCAAAUACAGCUGUUAAUUGCAUGGAUGGUGGAUAUACUGGACAACGUACAACGUUAACCUGUACAAUAACUGGAACUAUAGUCUCUGGAAUCCGUUGGUGGCGACCAAAUGGUGGAUCACAACAGGCGGUGGUAAUGUGUAACACAGCUAACACGAUAUGUGAACCGUCUGGAGGUAUAACUGGUUACAGUGCUGUUAUUGACUCACGCUGGCAGAUUACUCUCACCAUAGAGUCUUUCAACACUGCAGUAGAUGCUGGAGAGUGGAUUUGUCGUGAUGGAGAAGCAGGUGUUCCUUCUACAUGUACCAAGACUUUAUUAAAUGGUCCAGAUUCUGUUACAUUUAUUCCACCACUACCUGGGUCUAUAACAGAAGGACAGAGUCUGACUGUGACGUGUGCUGCUAGUUGUAAUCCACCAUGUUCCUAUUCCUGGACUCUGGGAAAUCAGCAUAUCUCAUCAACCUCUCAGUUAACACUGACAAACAUCAACAGGAGUCAGACAGGGAAUGUGUACACGUGUAAUGUGACCAACUCUCUUAUACCGAAAUCUAAAACUAAACAGUUCACGCUGACAGUAUACUAUGGUCCAGACAGUGUCCAGCUAAACUCGAGCUCUCCACUAACAAUCCAGGAAGGUGACGAAGUAGCUGUGUCAUGUGAACCAACUAACUGUUCUCCAUCCUGUUCUUUCACGUGGAAGUUUAAAUCUCAGAUAAAGUCAACCAGUUCUAUUAUCUCCUUAAAAAACACACAGAGGUCAGCAGCUGGUGACUACACGUGUACUACGGUCAACACAAAUACACGAAAAUCAGCAGACAAGACCAUUUCACUGGCUGUACAGUCAAACCGAUCUUCAAUCACUUUUGUGACCUUGAACUCGCAGUUAACAAAGGUUACGGUUGAUGAACUGACUCCUAUGACAUGUGAUGUUGACAGUAAUCCAGGAUAUGACAUCAAACUGUUGAACAUCUCAUAG